AUGAACUCGUGUGGGAAGAGCUUCAGGUUCCAGAGUGAACUCAAAAGACACCUGCGCAUUCACACUGGUGAGAAACCGUAUCAGUGCUCACAGUGUGGAAAGAGUUUUAGUAGACAGAAUCAUCUCAAAGAACACCAGCACAUUCACAGUGAAGAGAAACCGUAUCAGUGCUCACAAUGUGGGAAGAGUUUUAAUCGUCAGAGUCUUCUCAAGAUACACCAGCGCAUUCACACUGGAGAGAAACCGUAUCAGUGCUCACAGUGUGAGAAGAGCUUCAGGUUCCAGAGUGAACUUAAUAAACACCAGCACAUUCACUCUGGAGAGAAACCGUAUCAGUGCUCACAGUGUGGGAAGAGCUUUAGUACACAGACUAAUCUCAACAAACACAAGCGCAUUCACACUGGAGAGCAACCAUAUCAGUGCUCUCAGUGUGGGAAAAGUUUUGGGUUUCAUAGUGAGUUUGAAACCCACCAGCGCAUUCACACUGGAGAGAAACCGUAUCAGUGCUCACAAUGUGAAAAGGGUUUUAAUACACAGAGUUAUCUCAACAAACACCAGUGCAUUCACACUGGAGAGAAACCGUAUCAGUGCUCACAUUGUGGGAAAAGCUUUAGCUUCCAGAGUGUUCUUAAAAGACACCAGCUCAUUCACACUGGAGAGAAACUGUAUCAGUGCUCACAGUGUGGGAAGAGCUUUAGUACACAGACUAAUCUCAACAAACACAAGCGCAUUCACACUGGAGAGAAACCACAUCAGUGCACUCAGUGUGGGAAAGGUUUUAAGUUUCAUAGUGAUCUUAAAACCCACCAGCGCAUUCACACUGGAGAGAAACCCUAUCAGUGCUCUCAGUGUGGGAAGAGUUUUAAUACACAACGUUAUCUUAAAGAACACCAGCGCAUUCACACUGGAGAGAAACCGUAUCAGUGCUCACAGUGUGGAAAAAGUUUUAGGUUUCAUAGUGAUCUCAAAACCCACCAGCGCAUUCACACUGGAGAGAAACCAUAUCAGUGCUCACAGUGUGGGAAGAGUUUUAAUACACUGAUUGUUCUCAAAAUACACCAGCGCAUUCACACUGGAGAGAAACCGUAUCAGUGCUCACAGUGUGGGAAGAGUUUUAAUACACUGAUUGUUCUCAAAAUACACCAGCGCAUUCACACUGGAGAGAAACCAUAUCAGUGCUCACAAUGUGGGAAGAGCUUUGGGUUCCAGCAUGAUCUUAAAACCCACCAGCGCAUUCACAAUGCAAAACUGUAUCAGCGCUCACAAUAUAGGAAGAGUUGUAAUAAACAGAGUGACCUCAACAAACACCAGCGCAUUCACACUGGAGAGAAACCGUAUCAGUGUUCACAGUGUGGGAAGGGUUUUAAUUAUCAGAGUUAUCUCAAAAUACACCAGCGCAUUCACACUAGAGAGAGAAACCGUAUCAGUGCUCACAGUGUGGGAAGAGUUUUGCUUAUUUAAAAGCAUUUAAGAAACACAAGUGUGACACAUUCAAUUGAACCAAAUAAACAAACGGUUUGAUUUUUAAUACCACAUUCCCAAAUCAAUCACCAAGUGUUCCUGUUAAUGCAGCAGCAGCUGUAAUGUUUAGCAUGUGCACCUGUUUCUGUUUAUUGUAAUAAAUGAACCCACAGUCACUGCAGUUGGGUGGUACAGUGGCUUAGCAGGGUUUCCUCACACCUUCCAAAAACAUACCAGUAUGUGGACUGACUGAUAUACAUCCUUCUUGUGAGUGAGUGAAAAUAUUUCUUUAAAAUUCUACAUGUAAAAGUUCCUUUUCUUUUUAUCUUAAAUUAUUUUUAAAAUCCCAAGUAUAAGUUUUUUCUUUUAGAAAUGUAGAAUAUUUUGUGGUCACUGAUUUUUUUUAUCAUUUUAUUGUAUUUAGUUUUUCUAUUGAAAUAAACAUUAAUAAUG